UUUAAAUUUCUAGCCCUUUUCCUGGGCAUCGUUAGCCUUUCUCAGGCACAAGCGCUUCUGCCAGGACUGCGGGUGGCGGCCUUAGCUCGCAGCGCAGCAUCCGAUGCAGAGGUAGAUAAUCCCCAAAUUGUUCUAUAUACGGCAAGUGAUCAGCUCAAGCGCAGUGAUGAGGACGAUGGGAUCAAUGGGCCGCAAAUUGUGGAGUCAGAGUCAGAAAAGGACAGUCGUCGAGUGCCCGACUAUCUUUAUUCAAACACGAUUCCCAUGCUGAACGAACAGAAUGUCAAGUACCAGGUCCCUCAACUAACAGCCCUGCCCAUUGCCUAUGGCCCACCGAUCAUCUCCGGCUCCAACCGACCCUCCGGCAAUAUUAUCAACAACAACAACAAUAACAACAAUGUGCCUUAUGUGGUAGUGCCUCGGGUGCAAUUGGGGUUCAAUGUCCAUGGACAAUCGAACGUCAAUUGGCCGAGUUUCAAUAUUUUGCCCGAGAACUCCGCCACACAAAAGGAGGAUACUUCGGGGGUGCAAUAUGUGUACGUGGCUGGACCACCAGGAGAACCUGGACCACCUGGACAACAAGGUCUACCUGGACCUCCAGGGCCGCAAGGACCUCGCGGCUAUACCGGCGCAACUGGAGCACGAGGCAGGGAUGGACCUCGUGGUCCACCUGGCUACUCGUCGAGCAGUGCUCAGAGCUCGGCUCAGAGUCCCCAGGGUCUUUGGUAUACGCAGAGCAACAGCAACAUCAACGGCAACAGCAACAAUAAGCCACAAUAUGAACAUUUCACGAAUGGUUAUCACAACUGA